AUGGCUACCUCUACUUGCCACACGGUCAUUGACCGUAUCCACCCUGCGAGCAUGGUUCCCCGGAGCAGGCACGACCCCGAGUUUUGCGGGUUGAUGAGGAGUCGAGUCUCGGACGAGAUGAUCGCUUUCUUGGUCGAGAAGACCUCGAGCGUCAUCAGCGUCGAGGCCGAUGCGUCUGGCUCGAUGACGCCUCCUGCCACCCCGACCAAGCCUACCUCGUUCAACAGCUCUGUACCAGACUACACCAACGACCCGAUCGAACGAGCCGCCGUAGCUCUCGGUCUGCCUACCCUGUUCGAUUUCAUUCGGGGUCUGGUACAACAGAGCAACGUCCAGGUGCCCACCCUGAUGAGCACCGUCAUCUACCUCGAGAGGCUUCGACAGAAGUUGCCCAAGGUGGCCAAGGGGAUGCCUUGUACCCGACACCGGGUCUUUCUCGCCGCCCUCAUCUGCGCUGCCAAGUACUUGAACGACUCGUCACCCAAGAACAAGCACUGGCAAAAGUACGGACACCAUUUCGCUCUCCCCGAAGUCAACCUGAUGGAGAAGCAGUUGUUGUUCUUGCUCGACUACAACUUGAGGGUCGAAGAGGACGAGCUCAUCGAGGGCUUGUCUAGGUUCAUGGUCUCCCGAUCGGGUCGACCAUCAUCGUCGUCGUCGGCCAAGACUUUGGCUGCUACUGCUGCUCCGAGGAGGUCGAUGGACAAGAGGCCGAGCCGGUUAAAUUUGCAAGCCGUCACCUCGCAUAGGGGUCUUCCGACGCCACCCAUCACCCCCGUCUCGGCUCGACUGGAUUCGAGGGAGGACGUCGACGUUGACGCACAACACUACACCGCCUCGGGAUCGGCUUUGACGCCGGUGACCGCCAUGACCGACGCCUUGUCCCAGACUCAGUUGGCUUCUCCCGUCCGAAGUACUGGUACUUCUUCCCGACCCGUCUACCUCACGCCCAAGAGGCGAACGAGGACAUCGGUGGCGGUACCCACUUUGGCUUCCUCUUCGUCAUCAUCGGCAGGGCCUCGCCUGAUGGUACCGACGAUCGUUUCGCCACCAUCGCUCCAGCGAAGGGAUUCUUACGGGUCGACCUCGUCCGACGAUUCUACGGACGACGUGCUGGCCGAGCCUUGUCAGGCCAAUGAGGACCUCGUCUUGAGGGCCCGUGCCACCGCUCAGGGUCGGGUCGGGGCCAUCUCAUCCAGGGUUGCCUCUGCUAGUCAGGGCAAGUAUGACCCGGUCCGUUCGGUACAGCCCAUGUCGAUGUCGAUCAAGAGGGAUUCCUAUGGGCCAAGCUCGCCUUCCCCACGAUAUGCUGCCUCCAAGAAUUCGGUCACCCCUGUUAGGAACUCGCCUAGCAUCUACGGGCUGAGCUCGGUCGAGCGGGCCUAUGUCCGUCAGCGGGACGACCAAAAGGUCGCUAGGUACUACCAGCCUCCUUCGCAGGCGUACCACCGAUCGAAGCAACAGGCUCACCACCAGCGAUCUCCUCAUAUCGCCACCGACAUUGCUGUUGACGUCAAGGGAUCCGAGUACGAGCCAUUAUCCUCGUUGACCUCGGCGACGAGGAAGCAGCAACAGAGGCUCUUGAACGAGUCGGCCGCGCUCGAGUAUGGUAGACCCAAGUCUACUACUCAAGUACCUCAGUUGGUUGUCACCGGCAACGUUCCCACCCACUCGAGACCCGCCUUGAGCUUGAGGUCGUCAAUGAGCUUUACGGGGCUCAGGAACUUGUUGGCCGGACAUCAUCAAAACGCCAACGAUACCAUCGAACCGGUCACCCGACGGAUCAGGACCGUGACGGAUAACGGGGAAGAAGUCGUCAUCGUUCAACAGUAG